AUGAGUCUCUUUGAUAACGUCAAACGUCUACACGACUCUGAACUUUAUAGUGACCUAAAACAGCUGGUUGCACUUGUAUUGACAUUGUCUGACCAGAAUUCUGAUUUACUGACAUUGGCCCAGAAGUAUCAAUGUAUUGUAUAUUAUGCCAAUGCCCUUUAUCAACUUAAAGAAUAUCGAAAGUCAGAGAGUAUGUACAGAAAAGCUCUGCUGUUAAAGAAGGUGAUCAAUAAAACCAAAGGCAAAGGCAUAGCUCAUGUCGAAAUAACAUCAGAAGUAGAAGUGAAAUACAAGAUUCAUUUAUGUCAUUGCCAACUAAAACAAUAUCAAGAAGCCAUCAACGUUUUGGAAGGUGUCAUAGCCAAGAAGAGAAAUGCAAAGAUUAAUUUGGCCUUGGCACAAUUAUACCAACAGUCUGGAAUGGAUCGUCCAGCAAUCACAAGUUACAAGGAAGUCAUUAGGGAAUGCCCGCUGGCUCUGGAAGCUAUUAUGGGACUGAUUGCUCUUGGAGUGAAAUGUGCUGAAAUUAUCAGUUUGGUUAUGAACAGUUUACCUCAUGGAUCAAAUUAUGAAUGGUUAACAAUGUGGAUCAAAGCUCAUGUCCUUAUGGUGGCCCAGGAAUAUCCCAGCGCCAUUUCCACAUUUAAGGCCCUGGAUUGUAAGCCUUACUUGAAGAACAAUGUCAGGCUUUUGUGUUCAUUAGGAGAAGCACAUUUCUUAAAUGGUGAUUAUCCCCAAGCAAUGCAGCUCUUCCAGAAGGCUCACUUAUCAGACCGACUUAAUUUAAAAAAUACAGACACAUUGGCUUACUUGUAUUUGAAAGAAAAGAAAAUUGCUGAAUUAGAAAGUUUGGCUAAUCAUGUGAUGGAUGGCAAUGAACAUGCACCUGAACCUUGGAUUGUGAUAGGAUAUUACUGUAUGGCAAACAGAAAAGUUAUUAAAGCCGUCCCAAAAGCAGUUUACUUUGCACAAAAAGCUUACACGAUAGACAACAGAAAUGUUGAGGCUUUGUUACUGAAAGGCUCAGCUUUGUUAGAAUUGAAAAAAAUCCAAGAUGCAGCCUCUCAUUUCCGAGAAGCAGUCACACUUGCUCCAUACAGGUUUGAAGCACACAAAGGUUUGAUAGAUUGUUACAUGGCAAGUCAUCGGCCACGAGAGGCAAUAAAUCUUGCUGGUAAAGCAGUGAGACACUUGGGCAACAAUGCACGCUCACUUACUCUCUAUGCAUCAGUUCUUUCUGAAGAGCCAACUACUGCCAUUAAAGCGAAACAAUAUGUUGAGAAGGCCAUGAAACUUGAUGGUUCUUACCUUGAAGCAGUUUAUGUGAUGACUGUGAUACUGGGCAAAGAGCAACAAUAUGAUAAGGCUAUAGAACUGCUCCGUAAAACUCUUGUAAAUCACAACACGUGUCACCUUCAUCAAAUGCUUGGAGAUUUCCUUUCACAGACCAAUGAGGCCUUAGAGGCUGUCAACCAUUACAGCAUUGCACUCAGGAUGGAUCCAGCCAAUCUGCCUGCUAAAGAAGGAAUCCAACGAAUUGAAAAACAAACUGACAAUGGCCUGGAAGGUUCUUAUGAUGUGGAAGUAGAAGACAUGGAAGGUAGUGACAAUGAUGGCAAUAAUCCUUUGGGCGACUUAGAAGGAAGUGAUGCGGAAAGCAACUGGUCAGAGACAGAUUUCAGCUAA